UUUCAGAUGUUGGAGGUAAAGCACAAGAAAACGAUGAAGCUAUGGAAGAAGGUGAUUUAGAUGACAAUAAUAAAACAAGAGUGACAUCAGCUCAACCUACAAGACAAUUACCUCCUCGUAAAGCUGCUCACCGUCAUCCUUUUAUCCAAUCGCCCCAUGAAAAAGUAAAUGAAAAUCUAGCAGAUCAAGAUGUCGAUUUAGAGGAAAAUGAAGAUUAUUUUAACCCAGAAGAGCCAGAAGGUGGGAACGAAGCUGCUGGAGAUAAAGCAGAAGACAAUGAUGAAGCUAUGGAAGAAGAUGACUCAGAUGACAAUAAUAAAACAAAAGAAAUAUCAGCUCAACCUACAGGACAAUUAUCUCCUCGUAAAGCUGCUCAACGCUACCUAGUUAAAAAUAAGAAAAAUAGUAAUAAAAAGAAGGGCUCUCCAAAAGAAAGAGCAACAGUAAGUGGACGUGGUAAAGAGCAAAAACAAAACACAAAAACUAGGAGUCGAGGUAGAAUUUCCACCUUAAAUCAGCAAACUAACACAACUAAAAGCCAAAAUACUGAAAAUCAUCCAGUUAAUAAUCCAGUGCAUAGUCGGGUCACUAUUCAAGAAAAAGUAUUCUUCGAAUAUCCGCAUUUAAUUGAAGACGUAUUACAAGCUCUUGAUAAAUUGUGCUCGUUGCCUUCACGACGUGAUUAUUUCUUUCAAUGGAAUAAAUAUACAGGUUAUGUUGAUUUAUUCGAAAUCACAGACCCAAACAUUGAUCCUGAAAAAUUCGAUGGAUCUAAUGUCACAGAUAAUUUUGCAAGGCCUCGUAUCAUUAGCAGACCACAAUUUGAAGCCUUUCUGAGACGCGAGAUGUACGGUUUGAGAAAAGAAGCUGCUGUGGAUGCAGAAGUAAAGUAUAGGUGCCCGUAUUGUUUUAGGCGUUUUUCAUCCAAUCGUGCUAUCGAUACCCACAAUCGUGCGCGAAAAAAGAACGGUGAAUGGAGAAGACCUUCUUGUUCAGUGAGGUGCCAUAAAGAGCCUAAUCCUAAUGGAAUUUACGAAUCGAAAUGGCCGUGGCAGAAGAGGAACUCAAUUAUUGAAAUUGAUUGCAAAGUAAUUUUAAUAUGGAUUUACUCUCAGCUUAAAAUGCAGAUUCCAGGAUACAGUUUUCGAAAUCUAAAAGGUUAAAAAUUUGUUCAUCUAGACAGUUAGCUCUUUCACACUUUCUUCCAAUUUGCUUUCUCAUGCAUCAACUUAAAAUGCAUGGGAAGGCAUUUUAUCUCUUUUCGUUAAUUCAAACCAAAGUAAUUCAUCAGAGUAAUUAUAAUACACUUUGGACUGAAUGCAAUAAAAAGCAAAACAAAAAUACACUUGAAUAAACUUGAAGAGUGACUUAAUUUGCAAUUUACAGUUCAAACAAUUAGUCCUCUGUUAUGAAUCGUCCUAAAUUACAGGAUAUCUAGGCUAACGGAAAAUCAAAAUAUACAGAAUUAAACUGCAUAACAUCACACAAUUAAAAGAAACUAUACAAUCAACUAGUUAAAACCUAAAUUGAAAAAAUUUACUUAUUGAUAAAUAAAUGAUUUAUAUUUUGAAGAACACUGAGAUCAGAGUUUCACUGUAUUUCCAAUGUCUUUUUUU